CCAAGCCCAGACCUGCUAACCUGUUUCUCGUGUGUAGGUCGCGUCAACGUCCGACGAAUGGCACCUUAACCUUCCGCCGGCCGUCGACGACUCCUUCCAGCCAGUCUCUCAACCAAGCGCCUUCGACAGAGCCGGUCCAGCAGCUGGCAACCGUGACGGAUGCAUCGCCUGCACGUCAGACAUACACGCGAGACCAGCUACUGGACAUUUUCAAUAACGCCCCCGAAAUCGACGUAUCCCACCUAUUCAUGCCAGGAUGGAGCCCGGGGCAACUCAAUGGAAACAGCGGUGGUACGCGGGGCUGGGGAAAUCGUAUUGACUCGCAUGCCCCUCUGCCUCAACAGCCGGAUGUCUGCUGGGAUGCCACUGGAUCAUCUACGGCGAGCAUUCUGCGAGAGCUGACCUCGGAAGAGAAGGAUCGCUUCUCAUCCGAUGUCAAUUCUCCUGUGAAGCCCCCGCCGCUACAGAACAAGGAUGGGAAUCAUGUGGCUGGAGCACUGAACGGACGUAAGACAUCCGUGUCCCACGGAGCACCUAACAACUUCUCACUUGCGUCGCCGUCGUCUGCCUCUAGGCCAGGCACGCGCCGACGAGAGACAACGGACACCAACCCGUACUCGGGAGGUGGCGGAUUGACGUCUCCCACGGCGACCACUCCCUCAUCUUCAUGGUUUGGCAGGAAGCACGCCGAGGUCAAGGAAACCAUGUUCGAGGAACCCGAAGAGAACCCCAAUCUGCGCGAGGGAAAUCAACUUAGGACCACUGCCAACCCCUUCGGUGGUCUGAUUCGAAGCAAUACCACCUCAGGUAACUCGGCGAUUGGAGCCACAGCAUCUCUGUGGGGCCAGCCUACCGGUGCAACGUCAUCCAUUGCGGGCAUAGGCAGCUUCGGAAACUUCGCAAUCCCCAGCUCUUCUGCCAUUGGUGAGAAGCGACCUGGUAACACUCGAGGCGAAUCACGCUUGGCGCAUUUGAUACCAAAGGACAGUUCCGACAACAUGGCGGCUAGAGCGAACGAGACUUCGGCUGCUUCCUGGCGCGCUGCAGGACGUCCUCGUACCGACACGGAUCCUUUCGGCGGCGAGGAAAGUUUGUCUGGUAGUGCCGUCUUAGGUGGUGCUCAAGACACCAGUCCGCCUUCCAUGUCUCACCAAUCCCAGCGGAAUCAGGCCUUCGACACGCCGGUGAAGGGGUCCGCUGGUGAUUUCGGCAUGGCCGGUCUAAACCUGCUUAACCAGCCGACUGAACAGGACAACCAACCGUUGAGCCCCUCUGAAACGAAUCCAUACGCGAGUCCCCCAGGCGAGCGAGGUGAAGGAGGAGACGAGGCAGCAGAUCGAUCGCAUGGGCACGGAUUUGGUGGUACUGAUCAUGCGCCUGGCUUCGGUGGUGGUGUGUUUCCUCGACCACUUGGCCCAGGUGGCUUUGAUGGCAGUGACCGCAGCCAAACUUCGAGCGUUGGGCCCAGGGCGUAUCCAUCUAUUGGUAACGGCAACUUGUCGGGCUGGCCCACCUCGGCCACCCCUGAUCGAGAGCGGUCAGGUAACCUUUUCGGCGGUGCUUUUGGUAGCUCUCUCUUUGGCGGAGAUGUUCACUCGCCUUCGCUCAGCCACUUUGGUGGCGUCUUUGGUCCUCCUGGAACUACGGGUCUCGCUCCUUCUGGUUCUAUAGGCCGUGGUAGCAGACUCGGUUCCCUAUUCCCUCCUGCUAUGCAGGCCCAGAUGCAGGGUCACGAAACUGAGAGCCUUUCUGACUCCAGCCACGAUCUCCGUCAAACCAACCCUCUCGGUGCCAUAGGACGAAACACUUUUGGUGAUCACACUCGCGAUACUGGCAGCCCCAUGAGGGGUGGCAGAGGCAUGUUCGACGAAUUAAUCGCCGCUGCAUCGCGCCCUCCCGCUACCUCCGAGUCAACACAUGGCGGCAUCACUACCACCUCUCAGGCUCAGGACUUCCCUCAAAGCAGCGGAACUCCAUUCAAUGGAACCCAGUCUUCUGAUCCGCAGGCUCGAACUAUGGUGAUGCCCGAUCGAAUGAGAUGGGUUUACUUGGAUCCCGUUGGUCGGCAGCAAGGUCCCUUCACUGGUCUCGAGAUGAACGAUUGGUACAAGGCAAACUUCUUCAGCCCCGAUCUCCGUGUGAAGAAAGUCGAAGACUCGGAGUUUGAGCCUCUUGGCCAGUUGAUAAGGCGUAUUGGCAAUUCGCGCGAACCCUUCCUUGUCCCCCAAAUCGGAAUUCCUCAUGGCCCGCCAGCACAAACAGGUCCUUUCUCUCCCAAUGCCAGCGGGGCUGUUCAACCGCCUUUGGUUGGCGCGUUCCCGAGCUUUGGUCGGACUCUCACUGCACAAGAGCAAAAUGACCUGGAGCGACGCAAGCAGGAGGAGCAGUAUCUUAUGGCUCAGCAACGCGAUUUACUCUCCAACCAGCGAAUGGCAAGGAUCAGCCAUCCCGGCCUGCAUCAUGCUUCUAGUGCCCACAGUCUGCAGAGCCAGCCCAGCUUUGGUAGCAUGACUUCGCCCAUCACUAUGCCACCCCAGGCGCCCAUCGGUCCUAUCGGCGGGGCUGCUCCUUUUUUCGGUGGGCACCCCCCCAACCACCAGCCAGCCGGUCAGGGGAGUGGCUUCGACAUGCUCCGAGAGGAUGAGUUUGCGCGUCUGUCUGAUCAGGAGCGACAGGUACUGACCGGCGUAUUGGGACCGGGGGCACCGGCCCCAAGUCAUUCUCAGGCACCUAUUGGGGCUCCGUCGUCAGACCUGAGCUUUCGCAGCCGCCUCCCAGGCACCGAGGAACUCGUUGAAGACUCGGAGGGAUUUCGUGGCCGUCUCCAGGAGUUCGAACAGAUCCGGGCACAGCGUGAUGCCCAGUUGGAUCAGUCACGAUUCGGGCUUCAGGGGAAGUCAGCUGAGCAGAGUCCUCCACCCACGUCAAGUCCGACUGCUCACCACACCGGGGAGCAAUCUGCCACCGAGGAAACGUUGAGACAAACAGACGACGACAGCGAGUCUGUGGAGGAGAGCGACACAGGCUCUUUGAACCGACAGAUCCAACAAGCUCAAGCCCAGGCCGCUGCAGCAGCCAAAAUAAGCGGUUUGCCCCUGCCCUUCCCGCCACCCCAGUCAUCGACCCCGUUACCGGCGCCUGCACCGCAGCGGGUCAAGUCCAAUCUGCCGGAGCAGUAUGCCACUAGCUCCCGAUCCGAGACUCCCGAAAUCACCCCAUCGUCCUCAUCAGCCACCCACCCGCCACCUCUGGCCCCAUGGGCUGAAAAGGCGGUAGGGUCGCGCCGUGGCCCCACACUCAAGGAGAUCCAGGAAGCAGAGGCCAAGAAGGCUGCCAAGGCCGAGGAGCAGGCUGCUGCUGUGCGUCGCGCAAUGGCCGAUCAAGAAGCCGCUCGCGAGCGUGAGAAGGCGGCAGCAAUUGCGAGCGGGCUGCCCACAACUAGCACCUGGGGUACUGCUAGCCCGGUUGGCAGUAGUGCCAGUCCUUGGGCGAAGCCGGCCGCUCCCGGAAUCGCAGCGCCGAAAGUUCCCGUACCAGCCGCUGACAAGAAGAAGACACUAGCCGACAUUCAGCGCGAGGAGGAAGCAAGAAAAUUGAAGGCGGACAAGGCGAAGCAAAUGGCUGCACAGUUACCUGGUACCCCGUCUGCUGCAGGUCUGGGCAAGCGAUAUGCCGACUUGGCCAGCAAACCCAACGCUCCAGGUUUCCCUACGCCAGCUCCGGCGGUUGCUGGCGUCCCAGCUGCUUCUGCUGCCGCUACUACAGUGGCGGCGGUUCCUCCUCCCGGCUGGUCGACAGUUGGCGCCGGCGGCAAGGCCAAGGUUAAGAUUCCAACUGGACCAGCAGCGGCUCAACCCCGAACUCCAAGCGCUGUGAAUGUCAAGCCUGUCACUUCACCUGGUCCCGUGGCCAAGCCCGCUGUUAAGACCACGGGCGUAUCAAGCUCUGAGGCUAUGGACGAAUUUAACAAGUGGGUCCAGAGUCAGCUGACACGGGGUAUCACGGGUGUUACGGACAUCAAUAUUUUCCAGCAGACUCUCAUGGAGUUGCCUGCCGAGGCGUCUAUCAUCGCAGACGCCGUGUAUGCCAACAGCAAGACCAUGGAUGGACGACAUUUCGCUGCCGAAUUUAUCCGCCGCAGAAAGUUGGCCGAGAAGGGAGUGGUUGAGAAGCAAGGGACGACCGACGUUCUGGCCCAGAGCGCCAAGGCUGGGGGCUGGAAUGAAGUCGCAAAGAAGAGCACCCACAAGGAAAAUAACGGUGGUGAAGCCGCCCUCCCUGCCGGAUUCAAGGUGGUCAACAAGAAGAAGGGCGGCAAGAAAUAGGGCCAGUCUCUACGUUGACAACGAGCAUGGUUGCGCAUUACGCUCCCUACAAGACCUGUAUUUACGAGUAGCUACAGAGCGAUCGAUGCGUGCAAUCAAGUAUGAGUAUCAGCGAUUUGUAUUA